CGCGGGGGCCGCUGCCGGGGAGGUGGGGCCGAGGCGGGCGCAGUGCCGCCGGGCAGUGCCGCCGCUGCCUCGCGGAGGCCGCGUUAGCCCUGGGGCAGGCCUACGGAGAGGCAGCGGGCGAUCGGGACGGGGUUGAGGUGCCUGGCCUCUGGAGGGCCGUGUCCCGCCUAGGAAAUGCCCGCUUGCUGUAAGUGUCCAAGGUUAUGCUUAAAAGAAAGUUUCUGCUGAGUGCUUUUAUGGCUUCGUUGGUAACUUCAUAGUAAAACAGCUGUAAAACUGCAAGUAUCUAUUUGAUUACCACAUCAUCUGGAUCCAGAGAUCACUUGUACUAAAAUGUGGACUGCCAAAAAGCUUUCUAGUGCUCAAAUACUGUUGCUCCAGAUGAAAGAAGGCCACCUUUGUAGUUGCAUGUUUCCCAAAACAUGGCAGUUCUGGAUUGGAAUUCCAAGCAUUUAUUGCACUUUAAGAGUGCCACAUAACAGAGUUAAAUUCCAGGUUUCCAAGGUAAAUGAUAAACAAUCCGUAGCUGAUAGAAAAAUGGCGACUAGUGCAGAGGAAACCAAAAUAGCUAUUGGAAAAAGUCCCAGUGGAGUAUGUGAUGGAAGACAACAUUCAUUACAAGCCCAAAUGAGACACAUCAACCUGUCCUUUGCAGCUUGUGGCUUUCUGGGCAUUUACCACUUGGGGGCAGCAGCUGCUUUCCACAGGCAUGGUAAGAAGUUACUGAGAGAUGUGAAAGCUUUUGCGGGAGCUUCUGCGGGAUCUCUGGCUGCCGCUGUCUUGUUAGCAGUGCCAGAAAAUAUAGAGAAAUGUAAGCACUUUGCCUAUGGAUUUGCAGAGGAAGUCAGAAGAUUGAACUUUGGUGCAGUAACGCCUGGUUAUGAUUUUAUGAAAACACUUAGGGAGGGCAUAGAGUCUAUUCUUCCUUCUGAUGUUCAUGAGAUAGCUGAGAACCGGCUCUAUGUGUCAGUCACCAACUCCAAGAGUGGGGAAAAUCACUUGGUUUCAAAUUUUGCCUCCAGGGAGGACCUCAUUAAGGUCCUGCUAGCAAGUAGUUUUAUACCAGUGUAUGCAGGAAUUAAGCCAGUGGAAUUUAAAGGACAGAAGUGGGUUGAUGGUGGCCUUACCAAUGGCCUUCCUAUCUUGCCUGUUGGAAGAACGGUGACAGUUUCCCCUUUCAGCGGUCGAUUAGAUGUCUGUCCACAAGAUAAAGGGCGUGUGGACCUGUAUGUUAAAUUAGCAAAACAAGAUAUGAUGCUUCUUGCUCUGUUGCAGCUGUCUCUGGCCAACCUAGUAAGGCUUAAUCAAGCUUUGUUCCCACCAGACCAGGAGAAAAUGGAAGCGUUGUACCAAAAUGGCUUUGAUGAUGCUGUACGCUUUUUAUUGAAAGAAAACUGGUUUGAGUAGACAGUUCACAGAAAAUUAGCAAAACAUGAGGGAUGUCAAAACACACCUACAGGCAUCUUAGAGAAUCUCAGGGAUUGCUGCCCCAGUUCCUGUUCAUGAAAAUAAACAUCCCAAUGGAUUUGGAUCUGCUUCUGCUGAGAAAGUAUCAGUUGCACUCCAUGGAGCUGUGUAAACAUGUCAGAACAGGAGCUGGACGUGCCUGGUGGAUGUCUUGUUUUGAGGAGGUUCCACUUAGAUUAUUUUUGCUUCAGCUGGGGACUUGAGUGUGGGAUUUGUAAAAAGCUUGUAAAAAGUGUCAUAAUUACAGAAAUUUGGAAAGGUCUUUUUCAGUGUUAUUUGAGAGGAGAAUUGAUGUUAUAUAAUGAAAAACUACCAUCUGUAUUAUUCAAAUAACAGAAUUCUGUGUAUUAGUUCUGCAUAUUAAUUGGAUGCUCACAUUGUUAUUGAACUAAAAUGUAACUUGCACUGUUCCAAAGGUCUUGAAAAUUAAGUACUAGACACAAGAGGAUAAAACAUUUGCACUCUUAUGUAUUUUUUCACUUUAAAAGUUCUUUCUUCAGUGAAUGUCUUCUUUUAAAAUUUUAAAUACUACCUGAAAUUUUUUAGCAGAAAUGUGAUAUAAAAAUAACUUAUAAAGAAGGGUGUAAAAAUUGUUAUAUUUAUUGUUUUCUUCCUCUGCCAAAACUGAAUAAAUAUAUUUUCUUGA